AAGCUCGGCUAUACAAGGAAAAAAUAUUUAACACAACCAUUCCAGAAGAAUUAUUAGAUAAUGUUUAUUAUUUUGAUGCAAAUUCUGUACAUUCAUCUUAUGGUCACAUUGAAGAUGAUCAUAUACCAUUCUUAAAAAGAGGAGUUAAAAUUCUACAUGUCAUUGCAUAUCCAUUUCCAGGAGUAUGGCAUACUCCUAAUGAUAACAUAAACGCUAUUGAUAAUGAAGUAGUAUAUAAUUUGAACACUAUAUUUAGAAUUUUUGCUGCCGAAUAUUUAGGCAUUGACCCAUCUUUAUCCACGACUAGAAUUCAUGAUGAAUUGAUAUAA